AUGGAAGAAAAUCAGACAACGGUCACAGAGUUCAUCCUACUGGGAUUCUGUCUUGGCCCAAGGAUUCACCUAGUCCUUUUUCUACUUUUCUCCCUCUUCUAUAUGUUCACUCUGUUGGCAAACGGGACCAUCCUUGGAAUAAUCUGCCUGGACUCCAGACUCCACACUCCCAUGUACUUCUUCCUUUCCCACCUGGCUCUUGUUGAUAUGGCCUAUGCCUGCAACACAGUGCCCCAGACACUGGUGAACCUCUUGGACGAAAAGAAGCCCAUCUCCUUUGAUGGAUGCAUGACACAGACCUUUCUCUUCUUGGCUUUUGCACACGCAGAAUGUCUCCUCCUUGUGGUGAUGUCUUAUGACCGGUAUGUAGCUAUCUGCCACCCCCUACACUACACUGUCAUCAUGAACUGGAGAGUGUGUAGUAUACUGGCUGUUAGUUCCUGGAUAUUUAGCUUCCUCCUGGCUCUGGUCCAUUUAGUCCUCAUCCUGAGGCUGCCCUUCUGUGGACCUCAUGAAAUCAAUCACUUCUUCUGUGAAAUCCUGUCUGUCCUCAAGCUGGCCUGUGCUGACACAACACUCAAUCAAGUUGUCAUCUUUGCCGCCUGUGUAUUCAUAUUAGUGGGGCCCCUGUGUUUUGUACUAGUUUCCUAUACACGCAUACUGAUGACCAUUCUAAAGAUCCAGUCAAGGGAUGGCCGCAGAAAGGCCUUCUCCACUUGCUCUUCCCACCUCUGUGUGGUUGGGCUCUUCUUUGGCAGUGCCAUCGUUAUGUACAUGGCCCCCAAGUCCCAACACCCUGAGGAGCAGCAGAAAAUCCUUUUCCUCUUUUACAGUUUUUUCAACCCCAUGUUGAACCCUCUGAUCUACAGCCUGAGGAAUGCUGAAGUCAAGGGUGCUCUCAGGAGGGCACUGUGCAAAGAAACUCAUUCCCAAUUGGUGUGA